AAAAAUACAAUAAAUAAUAAUUAAGAAAAUCAAACCCAUAUGGAAUCGGAUCCGACUCGCCCCCAGCAUCUCCAGGGUUUUAGAAUUUGAAAACCAUCUCCCAGACCAAAGAAACGCACAAACCCUUCCCUACCGAGCCCCUGUCAGUGACAAAGCCACCAAAAUAUCUUCCUAAAAACAAUUCAAGUAUUAUUACAUUCGGACCGAAACAAUAAAUAAAUUAGGGUUUCUGUUUUGGCACUUGUAGUUCCCUCUCCCUGCUUGAAGAAGCUAGAGCUUUAAUCGUAUUAAUUAGCGUUUAAUCAAUGGGGUCAUUGCUAGGAUUCCAAGACGAAACGGUAGCCGUUGUUGAUGAUGACGAAGAGAAAUCAACAUCGUCAUCUUCAUCGUACGGCUACAAAUUGGUGCCGUGGUUAAACUGGAACGAGUGGGAAUGUGUUAGAGAUUCUUUCUUCUCCGAAUCUCCAGAAAAUAUUCUUUCUGCUAUUAAUAGAAUAUCUACAUGGCGAAGCAGAGGGUGUUUACCUGUUGUGAUUGAUGUCACAGCUUCGAUCAUUGAAGUUCAACAGAAGGAUCCUUUGUAUAGAAAGGACUUACCUGACGAUGCUUUACAUUCAGAGCAAAUGCUGGCAAUGCUAUAUUGUAUGGCUAUCUUGAGGCUUGUAAACUGUGUUGUUGAGAAGACACGGAAGAAAACACAGGUUUCAAUUGCUGAGGCAGCUGGUGCAAUUGGUAUUCCACGCACGCUGAUCGACAUUCGUCAUGAGGGUUCUCACCGUGAUCUUCCUGCUCUUGCACUUGUUCAGGAUUCAGCUGUUAAGGCAAUUGAUUGGUUGAAAUCUUAUUAUUGGGAACCUCAGACAAAGCAGAUUCCAUUCCAAAGUGAUGGAACUGCUAGCAUCAGAAAAGAAAUCGAAUCUAAACUCCUUGAGUUGGUUUCCUGCUUGAAAGUUAAGAAGAGUCCUGAACCUGGUUCUUCAGCAAUCAAAGAAAAACGUUCUAAGAAAAAUAUUACCAAGACUUUGAAAAAUCUUGUACGUCUAUAUUCUUCCUUCUCCUCAGAAGUACUAUCAGUGUUGUUUGAAUUCUUGCUCCAGGCUUUAGAUUCCUCAAAUCUGGUGGAGCUUACAAAAGGUUGCCUAGUUGGUGAAGACAUGAGCUCUUUCUUGGAUGAUUGGAAGCUUGUAAUAACAAAAUUCUCAAAGAAGGAACCAGAAUUACUCCUUAUGCUUCUUAAGGCAGUUCUAAAUAUGAUUGACGCUCAAGAAGCCAUGAAAUAUGAAAUGGGAACACACCUCACAUCACGGGCAUACAGAACAGAGACUGGCCAAAUUGAAAGACUUUCUUCUUUGUUUGCAUGGCUUGUUGGACAACUCAAGGGACUAAAGCCUCUCCGCUGCAAAGAAACUGCAGCUGAAAGAAAAGCCUCUUCAAUAGGAAUGAAUUUAUCAAACACAAUCCUGAUGGAGGUCCUCCGCAAAUGUCUUUUGGUGUCCUCAAAUGGCAAUAAGCAGCUUAUGGAUUCAGCGCUUCAUCUUGCACAGUUGAUGGGUGAUACCUCUGUGAUGGGGAAACUCAAAAAACUAAGUUCGCUAGUUUUGUCAGACCCAGAUGUUACCCAAGAAAAGUCUUCUCUCCCAAGUUUGAAUAACCUUCUUAUCCAGCAAGAUGAAUCUAUCCAUCAGGCCACCAAGAAGCUAGAGUUUGUUAAAUUUUGCCGAACAAAGAGUAAAGCUGUUAAGAGAACAGAUGGUGAAGUAGGUAGUUCAGGCGGAUGGGCUGUGGCAAAAUCAUGGAAUCCAUGUCCAAUUGGCAUGUUGCCCCGUGACCUUGGAUCUUCCGGCCAUCUUCCUGUUCUUGACUGUGCCGAUGAUGGUAAAAAGCCUGUUCAUUCAUCAGAAUGGAAGCAGUCCUGGGAACUGAAACAAGGCAGCAGUGGUGACAUUCGUUUUUCAUAUGGCGUCGAGAGGACUAGUAGUAAGAGAGAAGCUGGCUGUGAUAUUUAUUUAUUAGAUAAAUCAAGCGCUAAGAAGAUGAGAGAGACAGCUGACAGUUUUGAAUCAGAUUGCGAGAAUGUUUUGUUGUCAGGAGAUGACAAAGGUUGUCUGAUGAUAAAUGGAGUUUGGAAGAAAAUAGGGGAAGAAGAGCUGCUUACUAUUAUGUCUGAUGUGAGGAUUUUGGUGUAGAAGUGUCCACGAUAACAUUUCUGGUUCCGUAUUUACUCAAUUCAUUAUUGUCGAUAUUCAUUUGCCA